AGCAAAAAAGGAAAAUAAUAAUAUAAUAUAGCUGGCAUGUUGGUGGUGGCUACAUACAUUGCCUCAUAAACUUCUACUAUGAAAUAUGAACAUAGAAAAUCAAGAGUAUCCAUAUGUGACUAUCUCCCUCUCUCUCUCUAUAUAUAUACACACACACACACAUCAACAUUGUUUAUAGUUAGUUACAAUUAGAUUUUGUUGUUGUGGUGGUGAUGGAGGGCGGAAGUAGUUUCAGGAUAGGUAGUUCAUCAAUUUGGAGGAACAAUGAUGUUGAUGAGAUUUUUUCAAAUUCUUUCCACCAAGAAGAUGAUGAAGAAGCUCUUAAAUGGGCUGCAAUUCAGAAACUUCCUACUUUUGCGCGUUUGAGGAAAGGUUUGCUCACUUCACUUCAAGGUGAAGCCAAGGAGAUUGAUAUCGAGAACCUUGGGUUGCAAGAAAGGAGAGGUUUGCUUGAAAGACUUGUUAGACUUGCUGAAGAGGACAAUGAGAAGUUUUUGCUCAAACUCAAAAAACGAAUCGACAGAGUUGGAAUUGAUCUUCCUACGAUAGAGGUUCGAUUCGAGAAUUUGAAUAUCGAAGCAGAAGCUCGUGUAGGAAGCAGAUCUUUGCCUACCUUCACUAACUUCAUGGUUAAUAUAGUUGAGGGCCUAUUGAACUCUCUGCAUGUACUUCCAAGUAGAAAACAACAUUUAAAUAUUCUGAAGGAUGUUAGUGGAAUAAUAAAGCCUUCAAGAAUGACAUUGCUUUUGGGCCCUCCAAGUUCUGGAAAAACUACACUCCUGUUGGCCUUGGCUGGAAAACUUGAUCCAAAAUUGAAGUUUUCUGGAAAGGUGACUUAUAAUGGUCACGAGAUGAAUGAGUUUGUGCCCCAAAGAACAUCUGCUUAUGUAGAUCAACAUGAUCUUCACAUUGGAGAAAUGACUGUUAGAGAAACCUUGGCCUUCUCAGCAAGAGUCCAAGGAGUCGGGCCUCGUUAUGAUUUGCUAGCUGAACUGUCCAGAAGAGAAAAACAUGCAAAUAUCAUGCCUGAUCCAGAUAUUGAUGUGUACAUGAAGGCUAUAGCAACUGAAGGCCAGAAGACAAAUUUGAUAACAGAUUAUGUCCUAAGGGUUUUGGGAUUAGAGAUUUGUGCUGAUACUUAUGUAGGAAAUGCAAUGUUAAGAGGUAUUUCUGGGGGACAAAGAAAACGCGUUACAACAGGGGAGAUGUUGGUUGGACCGUAUAAAGCUCUAUUCAUGGAUGAAAUAUCUACUGGUUUGGAUAGCUCAACAACUUUUCAAAUUGUGAAUUCAAUGAAGCAAUAUGUCCACAUUCUCAAAGGAACUGUGGUUAUCUCACUCCUGCAGCCACCACCAGAGACUUACAAUCUUUUUGAUGACAUUAUUCUACUCUCUGAUAGUCACAUUAUAUACCAGGGUCCCCGCGAGCACGUGCUUGAAUUUUUCGAAUCAAUGGGUUUUAAAUGUCCUAACAGGAAAGGAGUGGCAGACUUUUUGCAAGAAGUGACAUCAAGGAAAGAUCAAGAGCAGUACUGGGAACACAAAGAUCAGCCAUAUAGAUUUGUCACAGCGGAAGAGUUUUCUGAUGCAUUUCAAUCAUUUCAUGUUGGCAGAAGACUUGGUGAUGAACUUGGUAAUGAAUUUGACAAGUCUAAGAGCCAUCCAUCUGCCUUGACAACCAAGAAAUAUGGCGUGGGACAAUGGGAACUGUAUAAAGCUCUCUUAUCAAGAGAAUAUUUACUUAUGAAGCGCAAUUCAUUUGUCUACAUCUUCAAGCUUUGCCAACUAUCUAUAAUGGCAAUGGUUGCGAUGACUAUCUUCUUCCGCACUGAGAUGCACAGAGAUUCUGUGACUCAUGGAGGCAUAUAUGUAGGUGCAUUGUUCUAUGGUGUUGUAGUGAUCAUGUUCAAUGGAAUGGCUGAAAUUUCCAUGGUAGUUUCAAGGCUUCCUGUUUUCUACAAGCAAAGGGGAUAUCUCUUUUACCCUCCAUGGGCAUUUGCUCUUCCUUCAUGGAUCCUAAAAAUCCCUUUGACUUUUGUGGAAGUUGCUGUUUGGGUAUUCCUCACCUACUAUGUCAUUGGUUUCGAUCCAUAUAUUGGAAGACUUUUCAGACAAUACCUUAUCCUUGUACUAGUGCACCAGAUGGCUUCUGGAUUAUUCAGAUUCAUUGCAGCAGUUGGGAGAGAUAUGACAGUUGCUUUAACAUUUGGAUCAUUUGUACUUGCCACCCUUUUUGCUAUGAGUGGUUUUGUCCUAUCAAAAGAUAGUAUAAAAAAAGGGUGGAUAUGGGGAUUUUGGAUAUCACCUAUGAUGUAUGGACAAAAUGCCAUGGUCAAUAAUGAGUUCCUUGGUAAUAGCUGGAAACAUGUUCUUCCUAACUCAACGGAGCCACUAGGAGUUGAAGUUUUGAAAUCUCGCGGGUACUUCACCGAGUCAUACUGGUACUGGAUUGGUGUGGUUGCUUUGAUUGGAUAUACAUUAGUUUUCAACUUUGGCUAUAUCCUUGCUCUCACUUUCUUGAAUCCACUUGGAAAGCAUCAAACUGUUAUUCCGGAGGAAUCUCAAAACAAUGAGCAAAAUGGUGGUAGCAGAAAAAGAACUAAUGUAUUGAAGUUCAUAAAGGAUAGCUUUUCACAGCACUCAAAUAGAGUGAGAAACGGCGAAUGUACAAGUGGAAGCGUCUCUCCUAGCACUUUAUCUACUAGACAAGAAACAGUCGCUGCAGAGACAAAUCAUAGUAGGAAACGAGGAAUGGUUCUUCCUUUUGAACCACAUUCAAUCACCUUCGAUGAAGUUACAUAUUCUGUAGACAUGCCGCAGGAAAUGAGAAACCGAGGUGUUGUUGAGGACAAGUUAGUUCUUUUGAAAGGUGUCAGUGGAGCUUUCAGACCAGGGGUUCUCACUGCUCUAAUGGGUGUGACUGGUGCCGGAAAAACAACUCUGAUGGAUGUGCUGGCUGGUAGAAAAACUGGUGGAUAUAUCGAUGGGAACAUCACAAUAUCUGGUUAUCCAAAGAAGCAAGAAACAUUUGCAAGGAUUUCUGGAUACUGUGAGCAAAAUGAUAUCCACUCUCCUCAUGUUACUGUCUAUGAGUCCUUGCUCUAUUCAGCAUGGCUCCGAUUGUCCCCCGAUAUCAAUGCUGAAACCCGGAAGAUGUUCAUUGAGGAAGUUAUGGAACUUGUGGAAUUGAAACCACUACGAAACGCAUUAGUAGGACUGCCUGGUGUUAGCGGUCUCUCGACAGAGCAGCGCAAAAGGUUGACUAUUGCAGUUGAGUUGGUAGCCAAUCCGUCUAUAAUAUUCAUGGAUGAACCAACUUCUGGACUAGAUGCAAGGGCUGCAGCUAUUGUGAUGAGAACAGUUAGGAACACAGUAGACACUGGAAGAACGGUUGUUUGUACAAUCCACCAGCCUAGUAUUGAUAUAUUUGAAUCUUUUGAUGAGCUUUUGCUACUUAAGCAAGGAGGGCAAGAGACUUAUAUGGGGCCACUUGGACAUCAUUCUUCUAAUUUAAUCGGUUAUUUUGAAGGAAUCGAAGGUGUAAGCAAAAUUAAAGACGGCUAUAAUCCAGCAACAUGGAUGUUAGAAGUCACAACUUCAUCUAAAGAAGUGGAAUUGGGGAUUGAUUUUGCACAAGUGUACAAAAAUUCAGAAUUAUACAGGAGAAACAAAGCACUUAUCGAAGAAUUGAGUACUCCAGCUUCUGGUUCAAAAGAUCUUUAUUUUCAUUCACAGUACUCAAGAUCGUUUUUGACACAAUGCAUGGCUUGCUUAUGGAAACAACAUUGGUCUUAUUGGCGCAAUCCUCUAUAUACCGCCAUAAGAUUUCUGUACUCAACCAUGGUAGCUGUUUUGCUUGGAACCAUGUUUUGGAACCUUGGCUCCAAAAUUGAAAAGGAACGAGAUCUUUUUAAUGCCAUGGGGUCCAUGUAUGCUGCUGUUCUCUUAAUCGGCAUCAAGAAUUCUACUUCGGUGCAGCCAGUGGUUUCUGUAGAACGAACGGUCUUUUAUAGAGAAAGAGCAGCCGGAAUGUAUUCAGCUUUCCCAUAUGCAUUUGGUCAGGUUGUAAUCGAGCUUCCAUAUGUUUUUGUACAAUCCGUGGUCUAUGGAUUUAUAGUUUAUGCUAUGAUUGGUUUUGAGUGGCAUGUGGCUAAAGUUUUGUGGUUCCUAUUCUUCAUGUAUUUCACCUUCCUCUAUUUCACCUACUAUGGCAUGAUGGCAGUGGCUGUGACCCCGAACAACCACAUAUCGACUAUAGUUUCCUCUGCAUUCUAUUCUGUAUGGAAUCUCUUCUCAGGAUUCGUAAUCCCAAGACCAAGGAUUCCAGUGUGGUGGAGGUGGUACAGUUGGAUAAAUCCAGUGGCUUGGAGUUUGUAUGGAUUAGUGGCUUCACAAUAUGGAGAUGUAAAACACAACAUUGAUGCCAAUGAUGGAAGACAAACGGUAGAAGGUUUUGUGAGAAAUUACUUUGGUUUCAAGCAUGAUUUUCUAGGAGUGGUUGCUGUUGUUAAUGUUGCAUUUCCAAUAGCUUUUGCUUUGGUCUUUGCCAUAUCAAUCAAGAUGUUCAAUUUCCAAAGGCGUUAAGGACACUCAACUUUUACUUCUUGCAUAGGAAAUCCUAUAGGACACUUAUUGUAUUUUUCAGAUUUACCAAUCAAAUAUUGUCAUCAUAGCUUUAAUUCAUUUCAUUAUUAAUCAAAAGUUUAAUACAAGGAGGUAUGAAAUCAAAUAAUCGGUUACUAGUUAAACAUAUGACCACCCUCGCAAGAGAGUGAACAACUAUAUUCAUUUGUUGUCAAACUUAACCUCAAAGUCAGACAUAAUACAAAAACUAUCUCUCUAAUACUAAUAAUAAGAGAGCCAAAUUCACAAUUUUCACCAUUAUUAGCAACAAUAAAAUUAACUAGUGUUUUACUGUAAAAAAAAAAUAUUAACUAGUGUUUUGGGUAGUAUGCAUAAGGUUCUGGAUUCGAUUCUCUGCCCC